AUGACAAACCCCGAUCAACAAAGAUUGACUCAAACGUCCCUUAAGCUCUUGGAGAAGUUGCCGGAGCCAAAGCCCGAGCUACAGGACAGUUACGCUGCCGCUACCGUCAGGCGAGAACAGUUUCGUUCUUUGCACCAAGAACAAGGGCAGGUUCUGCUUGACAGUAAUGGCGCUUCAGAGAGUAAAUCCUUUCAGAACACAAGUUUUCCAUCGGAAUCCUCAAAUCCACUGUGCCAGACGCCCUCGCACGGCCCCGAACAACUGGAUAACGACUUGAAACUAGUCCAAGGAUUCGCCAAGUCCGCCAUCGAGGAUCCAGUAGAACGGUACUUGACACCUGGUCAUAUCGCUGACCCACCCCAUGUCGCCAAGCAAGGGCUCGAAAAGCUCAAAACGCCAUACGCAAGUGCAGAAUCUAUUGAGAAUCGGAGAUUGAUUGCUCAGCUCAACGCUGAGGGGGCCCGCAAAACGCCAGCGAAAAUAAAGCGACGAAAGAGCUCUAUGGAAGUUGAGAUGAGCUGCUCUGCUCCUGAUUCUAACCAAGUUUUUGAGAUGACCCUUCCCUAA